GGAGUACUUAUUUGUAAUAGUCUCAGUGGAAGUAUAGUCAGAAGCUCAACAAAAACUACUUAUGUUGUAAUAGUUUCAACGUAAUAUGCAUGAACUUCAGUGGCGAAGAGAUAUACAUACCCCUUCAAUUUUAAGUGAGCUUCUGUGGGAAGCACCCCUCCCCCCAUUGUUUUCUCAUUGUGAAGGAAAGGGAGGUGGAAAUAAGUUAAGCCCUUAGCCAAAAAAGAGUUCUUUUGGGCUUCUGACUUAUUUUCACUAUAAGCUGCUAGAAGCCUCAAAAGAACUGGCCCUUAAUUAUAUGUGAUAUCUGUAAAUUGAUGUGUCUAACCGUGGUGUUCAACUUGUUUACACAAUAGCUUGCUAGGCUGGGACUUGGACCACCAUGGCAUCUCAAGGAAAACUAGCAUUUGGAAAAACCACUUAUUGGUGUUAGUUUCACUACUUUCUUCUAUUCAAGUCUAGCAGUAGCUUGAUUUUUUUAAAUUGUUCCAACUCGUAUUUAUCUAUUUUAAAAGAAAAUUUAAGCUGACUUGUGUUCUGUCAAGCACUAAUAACGUCAUUUCUUCCACUGAAUCAAUCCGCACUUCAUUCGGUUUACACAUGUUUCCAUCUUGCAUACAACGUGGACUUAACAAGUGAAGUAUUGGCAUUUGUUAUUACUAAACAUUCACUCAUCUCCUAACCAAGCUAAGAGGUUCAUAAUGUAAAAGUCACCAAGACAGAGCUGGACUCCUUGUAGAAUUUUUUCCUUGGCAAUUCAAGUAUUUGCCCUAUUUGCCUGGCAAGAAUAGUAGGAUUAUUCCAGGUUUGUUUUAUUUCACUUGUCAUCCCAUGCUUUAUCCCACUGUUAAGUGUACUAACGAUGUCCUUAGAGAUUCUCUUGCUUAGAGCAUCUCCAACCGGCCCCCAGAAAAGCCACCCCACGUGAUUUUUUCGCGCCGGCGCCGAGAAAACGGCCUAGUCGCGCCCCAGGAGCCCGAUUUUCGCCGGCCUGGGCCGAAAUCAGCGCCGGCGGACCCAGGCCGAACCCGACGCGCUGGGGAACCCGACGCGCUGGGGGCGCCGGGGCGAGCGGUUUUGGCGCGAAAGAGCCGCGGGCCAGCCGCGUCAACGACACCGCGCCUCGUCUCCCCCCAACGCCUCGGUUUCUCGCGGGGAAUCAAUGGCAAGGCUGCCGCCGGUCAGCCUUGCCAUUGAUUCCUCACGGGCGGCGCGUCACGGGACGGCGCGCCGACGCCUCCCCUCCCCCUCCCUCGCACGCGUACACACGGGCGCGGCGCGGCUAUACAAGCCGGUGGCCUUGCUCGCCUCUGGCCACACCAGCCCUGCCCUAGCCGCCGAGCUCUACCUCUCCCGAGCGCCGCUGCCGAGCCCUCCCUCUCCCUCUCCCGUGAGCCGCCGCCGAGCCCUCCCUCUCCCUCCCCCUCUCCUCCCGAUGGCCGAGCGUUUCCCCGGAGACGAGGCGGCCAACGGCUUCGGCCGUCGCACGCUCCGCAAACAGGAGUCGUGGCUCCUGUUCCAGGCGAACAUCCCGGCGCCGCCGGACAUGCGCGCCGGGCCGACGGGGUGGAGGCUCAGCAACGGGGGAGUUCCCAUUCCCCGUUGCCCGACGCCGUGGCGCGCCCCUCCUACUUCGCCGACGAGGUCGAGGUCGUGCGCGCCUCCCUCACCGACGCCCAGCUCGCCCUCCCCCAGUACGCCGCCGACAACCAGGCGGCUUGGGCGGCGUACUUCGAGUGCCGUUAGCAGCAGUGGCUGGCGUCCACCAACGGCGCGCCGGUGGUCGGCGGCCUGAAGAACAGCGAGGGGCGCCACCUGUGGUGGGGCGUCCCCGGCCGCACACUUGAGGGCGUGCUGACGCACCUCGAGGGUGGCAACAACCCGCCGUUGGCGUACCCCCCGGCGAGGGCGGCCGCCCGGCACACCGCCGACGCGACGGGCAGUGGAUGCCAAGGAGGUUCGGCUCCUCCUCUUCUUCCUCCUCGCGCUCUUCCUCCCACUCCUCCGGCUCUCCGGCGCUGCUCGGCGUCAAGGCCGAGCCCGCGGCGGAGACGCUGCUCGGCCGGCGCACUCGCAGUGCCGGCAUCGUUAUCAACGAGGGUGACCGGCGCUCCUCCUCGUCGGCUCCUCCUCCACGCUUUGUCAAGCCAAAGACGGAGCCAGGGCUCGCGCCGGUGAAGACGGAGCCGGGUCUCCCCGCCGUGAAGACGAAGCACGACGACGUGGAGCUCGACGACGACGCGGCCCUGGAAUGGGCACGCCAGGACUCCCUGAAGAUGGCGAGGGAGCGCCAGUGCGCCGCCCUGCGGCGCUUCGCGCCGCGCCGCCGGGGCCGCGACGAAGGAGGAGGAGGAGUCAUCGACGACAACGAUGACGACGACGACGCGCUACCGCCGCCACCAGUCCGCCAUGGCGACGCCGGGUCCAGCAGGGGCGCCCGCGUCAAGGAGGAGAAGGCCGACGAUGACGACGGCGGCGACGACGGCGACUACUCGGCGUUCAGCCAGUUUCUUUUUUAGAUUAGUUAUAUAUUUGCUAUGUAAUGAAAAUCCGCGAACUGUAUAAUAUAUGCCCAAGUUUGCCGAAAUUUAGUCGUGUUUAGCCGAACUUCGCCGAAAUUUGCUAUAUAUUUUUCUUUUUUGAACGCACCUGGGGGCGGCCCUGGGGCCGGCGGCUGGGGACCAACUCGCCCCCAGGCCGAUAUUUUGCGCCGGCUCACCCCCAGGCGGCGAUUUUAGGCGCCCCCUGGGGGGCCAAUGGCUGGAGAUGCUCUUAGGGGUUUCCUACAUGAGUUGCUACUGUUGUUUGUUUCAGAUAUUUAGUUUAAGAUCUAAAUUUCACCAAUAUAUGUGUUUUGUUUAUGUUCUCUGACGUGUUUAGAUGAACCCAAUCACUUAUGUUUAUAUGGAUGCUAUGUUCUUUUACUUAUGAUAUUUUUGAAAGCAUUUCUGCGUAAGCAAAAUGUGUAAGGGUCAGUAUGCUGGAAUAAACUCAUAUAGCUGGUUCAUUUUUACCCUCUCUUUGCACAUAUGAUUGGGACUAGCAAAUUCACAUAUACAAAUAUGUUUCUAGAGCAAGGAUGAGAAACACUAUACACAACCACAAGGAUGAUUAUUCAAGCGUUUCUAGGAUGGUGGAACUUGAGCUCAAACUGCAUUUCUGGCAUAUACUUGCUGAAACAUACAUAAGUAUGUGUUAUUUCUUAUAGGUUUGCACCAGAAUCAAGCAUUAGUACAAUUGGAAUUGGAAUGACGAAAACACUUGUCUGAGCACAUCUGAUCCUCAUAAUAGCAAGUUUGUAAUAAAUUCUGGAACUCUUCAGGAGGUUGAAGUCAACAAAGAUAGCAUGUUCGCAUGUGUCAAAUCACUUUUGUUGUACAUAACUACCUUCAAAGAUGAGCCUAGAUGCACCGAGGUGCAUAAGCUAGAUAUGUGCGCACAUGAACGCUUAGGAGGUUUCCCAAUGGCACGCCCCAGCCACUAGUGCCUGGUGAAUGGGUCGUGCAAUGCUACCAGGCAAUUAUUCUAUUUCCAAUGCAUACAAUCAAUGCUCUCAAGCAUCUUGGGUCAUCCUCUUUGCUUCACUGAUUGCUAAAAGCCUAUGUCAUCGGCAUUGGUGCUCAGAAAUACCAAGCUUCAUGAACUCUAACCACAACAUUUGUGAACAUUUUGGGCACUUUAUGGUUGUAUCUUCGAAUCAUCUGCAAUAUUUGUAGGAGUGCCAUAUGCAGUCACCCUAAGUAUG